UUAUUAUUAUUAUUAUUGAGUAACAGUACCUUUAGUGGAGGAGGGUUUUUGGUGACGUGACACACCUCUGAAAGCCAGAUGAGGAAAUACACACAUUCAUUAACGUGUAGAACCUCCUGGAAUACCGAUCACCUGAAGUGGAGCUGUUCUGUGGGAGUUUCUCGGUCUGGAGAUAUUUUGUCUCUCUCUCCUGUCCAACAUGGCUUCAGUUUGUAGAUGUUUGAGGCUAGUGGGUUUGGAGCAGGAGCAGUUUGAUGAGUUUACAGGUGAUCUUUAUCUCCAGGUGUUUCAGCUCAAACAGGAAACAGAUCAACUGAGAUCACAUGAUCCUGAAGCCUCAGGUGUGUGAAGAGGACCUGAAGGAGAGCAGGGCAGGCAGAACUCUUAAACACACCACAAAGGAGUGUGUGAGAGAGAGAGGGAGAGAGAGAGAAAGUAACUUUUCUUGUUUUUCUACAUGAAUAUUUUUCCUUUGAGUUUACUUGGAAAGUCACAGUGAGAGGCAGUGAAGCGAUAAACACACGCUCUCACACACUCACACUCUCUCUCUCUCUCUCUCACAAACACACAAUCUCACUCGCACAGAAUCACCCCACAGUUUAUUGUACAGAAUCUCUACACUAUGAUGAUGAUGAUGAUGAUGAAGUUCAGCAGUGUGCAGUUACUCAUCUUUCCCUUCACACCGAGGCUCCGCCCAGCGGUGGGAGGGGGCGGAUCUCGCUGAGAAGGGGGCGGAGUCGGGGGUAUAAAGGCGCUGCGGUGUGCCGGGGCUGUUCGCGCUCGCGCUACUCGGCUGAGGGAGUGAGAUGGCUGCGCGCGCAGCUCCGGCUGGGUAAAGCGGGUCCUGUGGGCGGAGCAACAACUUCCUGUAGCGUCCAUAACAACAACAACUUCCUGUAGCGUCCAUAACAACAGCCUGGAGCCGCCGGCUCGCGCCAACAUGAGCGACUCGACUACAGUGAGGGUCCACCCGGCUCUGCCCCCUGAGCGCGUGCUCUGUUCCGGUACCGUCAUAUUCCCCGGUGUGUUUGAUCAGCUCGGAUCUCUACUCGUCAUAUUUCCGGCUGAAUUUCAGGAUAAACUGCUGCAUGAUGUCACUAAAGAGGAAGUGGCAGAGUUUGUGUUUUAUUGUCUGCGCCUGCACAAUCCGAGCAGGUCGGAGUGUUUGGUGUCGGUGGUCGCUGAUCUGAGAGAAGCUUCACUCGCUGUGACGAGACGCGUUGCUGAAAUCCUCCUCCUGCUGCAGCUCCACCAGCGCACUGUCAGCUCCUUCUACACCCUUCAGCCCAAAAAGAGAGACAUCCAGAAGCUGCUGCAGAAACUCCUGACUCCGCCCAAACGUUCAACCACGCCCAUGCCGGUUAAGUGUGUGUUUCUCAGGGAAGUGUUUGAGCUGUGUAACUAUGUGGAUCGCAGUCAGCUGACCCCAGAUUUGGGAGGAUAUUUCAUCUACAGCCAUGAGAGCUGGGUCUCCUUCAUCAGAGAGAUGGAGAGUUUUGUGCAGGAGUUUGUGGCUGUGGUGAGGAAGUUGCCGGUGUGUAUCGGUGCUCUGCAGGAUUUUUCUAAACUCUCCGUUCCUACGGAGUACAACGCUCUUGCGGUUUUCUGCUGGACCAAUCAGACACGGCUUGAGCAUCUCCGCCGAGAUCUGGGUCUGGAUGCCUUGUUGAGACGGUGUGAGUGUGUGUUGGAGAAGUUUCGUUAUCCUGAGAGGGAUCAGUGUUACCAGGCCAUGGUGGGAACUGUACUCUUCACACACACUGCUCUGGAGAUGCUGCAGAACUAUGACAGAAUCCAGGCAGCCGUGAAGAAAGUGGAGUUGCUAUGGAGACGUGUUUUCUCCAACGCGCAUCUCCAACUGCGGGCCCUCCAGCUUCAGAGAGACGCACAACAGGUUGUGUGUGAGAUGGAGCACGUUAUGCAGAAGCUGCAGACGUACACACCUGGGACACUUCGAGACUCCAACAGAGCUGAAACACUGCGGCUGGAGUUCGACACGUCUGUUUGCACACAUGCCACGACGCUGGUGCAUCGUGCUGAGGAUCUGUUAAACACUGUAUCCGAGACGGUGGCUUUCACGCAGCGCCGGAAAGGACAUGAGUGGAUAAAUGAACUGGAGAGACUCAAAGACCAGCUCAGAGCAGCUGUGGAGUUUCAGAAGAGGAACCUGAACACUAUCUGCACCUUCCAUCAGUGCCACCAUAAAAUCCAGAGGUGGUACCAUGUGGCAGUGUGUGAGAGCUUCUUGCAGGAUCUUCUAUGGAGAACUUGCUCAAACAAACCUGACCACAAGGAAUCCCUUCCGCAUGAGCAGAGUGGAGUCUUCUCUGUGAUUGAGGAGUUUCUCAGGCUGCAUCCUCCUCCUGAAGUGGAGGAGCUGAUGCAGUUGGCACACCUGGCUAAUACCAUACAUGAUGCACACCUGGAGAAUGCAGGAAAGCAGCUUGCACAGAGGUGUACGAGUUUACGCAAGUUGCUGGUAUCUCCUGGUUCUGUGGCGUUCUGUGACCUCCAGCAGGCUCUGCAGUGGCAGUACGAAUGUCUAAAGGGCAGAAAUGAAACGGCUGGCUUAACCUCUGACCUUCAUCCUCAGGGAAAUGCAUGUGCUCAAAGUGUCCUUAGAGAUUCAGACUUCUGUUCAUGCUCUGUAAGUGGAAAUGGUUUGCUGAGACGUGGUGCAAAUGAUCCUCCGCUACUUCAGUCUGGAGCAAAGCCGCUGUCUCUCAGCUCCUUUGAUUCUGGGUUUGAUGGAGCAGGAAGUGGUAAUUUUGAAACAGGAGGUGGGAAGGUGUGCCAAGAUGAGUCAUCCAGACUAAAAUCUCCACAUCUGCAUGCCAGUGAGGAGACUGUUUCUAGAAUAUCUGAGGACCUUGCUGAGGAGAAACCUCUCGGGGAACAGAGCAUCAGCAUCAUUCCAAAUGCAACCGGUGACUCAAACUUCAAGAUCACGGUGAAACGCUCAGCCACACUACCCAAAAACCCCUGGCUGAGUCUUCCUUUAGAUGAUCUGGAGAAUUGCUACACUGUGAUCAUCUCCCCCAGCCAGCAAAGAGAAAUUAGGAGCUGUGAUCAGUUAACGCAGACCAGCGAUGCAAGUGUGUGCGAGUUUGAGGACCAGAGUAAUGAGUGGAGCUCCAUCCACAAUAUUCUCUCGAGCACUGUUGCAGAUGGAGGACAUGAAGCUGAAACAUCAGCAGAGAAUAUGCCCACUCUCCUCUGGGACUCGUAUGAUCUCCACGACCUCCUGCCUGACUCGGAUGGCACGUUGCUCAGUGAGCCGGCAUGUGAAUGGGAAAUAAAAGAGCAGCAAGAGCUCCAAGCCGUGGAGGAAACGCUGAGCCGAGCAGCUGAAAUCCUUCAAGAGGAGGAGAAUGUUCUUGCUCAGGAGGAGAUUGUUGAUGUCCUGCUGGAAGCAGAUAAUCCAGACAGAUUGUGGCCUUCAUGGACUACAGAUUGCCAGUUUACUUUGACCUCCAGUGACUUGGCUGAAGCAGGUGUGAUUGGAUUGGAGGAUGACCUUGCCUCCCUUCAUUUUGGAUCUGAUUUAUCUCUGGGAACUCCAAGAGUUAUGAGUAGUAGUGAUGGAGUAUCACAGCCAGGUUCUGACCCACUCCAUCUUGAAACAGGUCCUGAUAGAUUGGAGCUUUUGAAGCCACUAGAAGGUUUGAAGGUCUUGGAAGAGAAGAUUGUUGAGGAGAACUUGAAAAUCAAUGAGCUGCAUCACUGUGAAUCUGAGGAAAGGAUGUCCCCUCAGAGCCUCACUGAGGACCGCAAGAGGUUCCGUGAGAAACUGGAGCAAGAGAAGAAGGAAGUGGAGGAGAUGGAGAGGAAUCUGAGCAGGGAGAUGAAGAAAAGCAAGCUAAAGUGUCCGAGCAGGAGUUGUAAAAUUGUGACGUGUUCUAUUAUGGGGAAAGAGUCUGUGUUGAUGGAUGAUGAAGCUCUCCUGAUGAACUGCAGAACAUCAGUACGUGAUGCACAAGUCCUCAGUGGUGGACAGCCAUGUUUGGAGGAACCCACCAGUCGGCAACCUUCAGACAUGGAUGCCGUAGACAAUCCUGUUCACCUCAAAUGUUCAGAUCCAGAAGCAUCAAUUGACUUCAAAUGUUCUAAUGUAGCUACAGAUUCUUUGACCAACAAAUGCUUAAAUUCUCAGCGGAAUAUUGACUUGACUGCAUCAUCCAUAUCGGACACAGCAACAGUCAUGGACGAUGGUGUUGGUGGGUGUGACUUUGAAACGAAAAUGUUAAAUUUGGUAUCUUCAGUCACAAAUCUUUCUAAUGCUCAAGGUCUGGCUAUUGGAGAACCAAAACCUCUAUCUGAUUCUCUUGAUACGAGUGACAAGUGGAUGCAGUUGGAUCCUUUAGAAACCUUAAACGCAACUGAACAGUGUAAUGAGGAUCCCAAGGAGGAAGCUUCAGAGGGAGUAUUGACUCCUGCAUUUGAUCCUGGUGGUCCUACAUCUUCUCUUCCUCAAAAAUCUAGACUGGAUGAACAGAGAAGCAUGGAUUCUGGAGAAUGUGCAUCUGUUGGUCCAAAACCAGAAGAACACAAGAAUCCUCCAUGUAGAACAUCACCAAUAGAUCUCCAACACCAGAACACCAACAAUAACAACCUUCACACUGUGGAUCUCCAUGUUGGUUUGGAGAGUGUGCCUGAAGGACCUAGAAGUUCUGAAUGUAUCGACAGAGCUGAAGAUCAAAAACCAGAGCUGUGGUGUGACGGUCAGAUCUCCAGAUCGCCAUCCCCUCUGCUUGAAACAUCUGAUCCUUGUGGCACAGUGGAGAACAAGGAGGGAGAAAUUCAAGUUCAUCAUGAUGGCUUGUUAAUGAGGCGUGUCUGCAGAUCACCGGUCCUGCAACAGCUUCAGAUCUGCACUCGAGAGAUGGGUGAUUUUUCGACCCCUGUGGUGUUGGACACUGGUUCCAGUUUGGUGAAGGCCGGAUUUGCUGACCAGGACCUACCCACCACCAUCUUCCCCACCGCCAUUGGCCUGCCCAAGUAUGAGGAGGUGAUGAGUGGCAGUGUGGAGCGCGGUGUGUAUGUGGGACACGAUGCCCAGCACAUGAGGGGCGUGUUAACGCUUCAUCACCCAAUGAAGAACGGCGUCGUGUCCAACUGGGAUCACAUGGAGAUGAUCUGGAGUCAUGCCUUUGAGCAGCUGCGUGUGUGUAGUGAGGAUCACCCCGUGUUGCUGACGGAGGGAGCAGUGAGUGCACACAAGACCCGCCAGCGUUCCAUCCAGCUUAUGUUUGAGUCCUUUAAUGUUCCGCUUGCGUACACGGCAAUGCAGCCUGUACUGGCACUGUACACAACCGGCCACACCACUGGUUUGGUGUUUGACUCCGGAGAUGGUGCGAGUCACAGUGUUCCUGUGUUUGAAGGCUACUGUCUACCUCAUGCUGUUCAGUGCUUUAAUCUGGCCGGAGCUGACGUCACGCUGCACCUCAAGCAGCUGUUGAUGGAGCAGGGUGUGUGCAUGCGGACGUCGGCUGAGAUGGAGAUUGUACGUGAGAUUAAGGAAAGAUGCUGCUGUGUUGCUCUAAACUAUGAGAUGGAGCUUAAUGGAGGAGGUGGGGCCAGUACACAGGUGCAUUACACACUACCUGAUGGACAUGUCGUCUCCUUGACAACGGAAAGGUUCAGGGCGCCGGAGAUUCUGUUCAGGCCGGAGCUGAUUGGUCAGGAUUAUUAUGGGAUGCACGAGAGCAUUUUCAGAUCGGUUCUUCAGUCAGACAUUGACCUGCGCAGGGACUUGCUGGGACAUGUUGUCCUCUCGGGUGGAAACACCCUGCUGCCUGGACUUCCUGAGCGUCUGCAGCGUGAGCUCGGGCGUUUGGCUCCUGCGGGUCUGGGUGAGAGGGUAAAGGUCACGAGUCCGAGAGAUCGAGACUUCUCUGCGUGGAGGGGAGGAGCCAUCCUCGCCAGCAUGCAGUCCUUCUCCUCUGCCUGGAUCAGCCGGGACGAGUAUGAAGAGUUCGGACCCCAGAUUGUCUUCAGGAAGUGUUUCUGAGCCGUGCCGCCGGACCCGCUUCAGAGUUUCACCUGAGCCUUUGUUUGUGUUUAAGUGUGAAAAAUCUGGCUUCAGCGAGGCGUCUCUGGAGGGUUCGGCUCCUCUGUGCUGGAAGGGUUUUCUGGAGCUAAAGCAGUCUUUUGAUGAGGGUGCACUUUUUUCUUAUGAGUUUGAUUGUGAUGCCAAAUUUAAGAUUCUUUCAGAAGUGAUCUUAUUUAUUUUAUUUUUUGUUAGUGUCAGUGUCUCCUUGCGAGUUGAAGGCUGAAUGAAAUGAUCCUACACCUCCAGAACAUCUCAUUCCUUUAAAUAUAUUUUUAUACUACUGAAAAUGGGUCCUUGAGAUGACGUGUACAGUAUAUUUAUGUGACUCGAAGCUGUGAAUGUUUUGCAUGUAGUCCUUUCAGUGUGGGUUUGGGGUUGUGAACUGUACAGCUGAUCUGAAGGAGAUGAAGAUGAACAGAUGCUCACGUUCACGCAGUUUGUAUCUCAUGGACGCAUCUGCAUCGUGUCAAAUGCUUUAAUCAGUGUGUGUGGGGGUUUUUUUGUUUGUUUUUGUCUGUUUGCUGUGUGGAGAUUAUAUAUAUUAGGCUUUUUUUUUUUUUUUUUGACUUGAUGCUGAUGGUCAGUUUGUGUAUCAUGAUGAGGAUCUUCCCAUUUUGAUGGGUUUUUAGCAGGACUUGGCCACGCGAGACACAUUUUUGUGAACGUUUGCCCUCUUUGCCUCCCUGCUGUCCUGAUAGAAGCUCCUCUGGUUUGUUUUUGUGGUUAUUUUUCACGCGGUGUGUAAUUUUGCUCACUGGGAUUGAAGUGUGUAAAUAUUGCAGUUAAUAGAGGAUGGAGGUCGCAUGAGGUGUUUAAGAGGAGCUGGUCUUCAUGGUCUCCAGAAGUGUUCAUGUUCAUCCCAAAUCCAAGUCUCCCAUCACUGUUUUAUCUGAGAUGUGACCUGUCUUUAUUAAAUAAAUAUUUUAACUGG